AUGGAAACCACUGCAAAUUUCUCCACUAUGGCUUCCCGCCAUUUCUCACCUUCGCUCCACAAAGUAACCCUCAGAUUUCCCAACAAAAUCUCUUCCUGGACCGGCUCUAGUCACUCCCUCUCUUUCUCUUCAAGAAAUUCAUUACCUAGGGAGCUAUGGGGAGUGAUCAAUUCGAAUAAUGGUGUUACUGUUAGGAGGGAAAUGAGGGGAGUUGUGAGGGCUGAAAUGUUCGGUCAGCUCACGAGCGGACUGGAAUCUGCUUGGAACAAACUCAAGGGAGAAGAGGUCUUGACCAAGGAAAAUAUUGCGGAACCUAUGAGAGACAUCAGGAGAGCUCUGUUAGAAGCUGAUGUCAGCCUUCCUGUUGUAAGAAGGUUUGUUCAAGCUGUAAGUGACCAAGCAGUUGGUACUGGCUUAAUUCGAGGAGUGAGACCAGAUCAGCAAUUGGUUAAGAUUGUAAAAGAUGAGCUAGUGAAACUAAUGGGAGGAGAGGUUUCUGAGUUGGCAUUCGCAAAAUCUGGUCCAACUGUAAUUUUAUUGGCUGGGCUGCAAGGUGUUGGAAAGACGACUGUCUGCGCAAAGUUAGCAUUAUAUCUUAAAAAGCAGGGGAAAAGUUGCAUGCUAAUUGCUGGAGACGUGUAUAGACCUGCUGCAAUUGACCAACUAGUUAUUUUAGGUGAACAGGUUGGGGUGCCUGUUUAUGCAGCAGGAACUGAGAUUAAACCUGCUGACAUAGCUAGGCAAGGUUUGGAAGAAGCUAAGAAGAAGAAUGUAGAUGUGGUGAUAAUGGAUACAGCUGGAAGACUUCAGAUUGAUAAAGGAAUGAUGGAUGAAUUGAAAGAAGUGAAGCGAGUAUUAAAUCCCACAGAAGUUUUGCUUGUAGUGGAUGCAAUGACUGGCCAAGAAGCUGCUGCCUUGGUCACGACAUUCAAUGUUGAAAUUGGAAUUACUGGUGCCAUUUUAACAAAGCUAGAUGGGGAUUCUAGAGGUGGAGCUGCCUUGAGCGUGAAAGAGGUAUCAGGAAAGCCGAUUAAACUUGUAGGAAGAGGUGAGCGUAUGGAGGACCUUGAACCUUUCUAUCCAGAUCGCAUGGCGGGGCGUGUCUUGGGAAUGGGUGAUGUUCUAUCAUUUGUGGAGAAAGCCCAAGAAGUCAUGCGCCAAGAAGAUGCCGAAGAAUUGCAGAAGAAGAUCAUGAGUGCUAAGUUCGAUUUCAACGAUUUCUUGAAGCAAACUCGUGCUGUUGCACGUAUGGGUUCCGUGUCUCGCGUUAUUGGUAUGAUUCCUGGCAUGGGGAAGGUCACUCCUGCCCAAAUUCGAGAGGCAGAAAAGAGUUUGAAAGUAAUGGAGUCAAUGAUCGAGGCAAUGACCCCAGAGGAGAGGGAGAAACCAGAACUCUUGGCCGAAUCAGCUACUAGGAGGAAACGAAUUGCUCAAGAAUCUGGGAAAACUGAGCAACAGGUGAGUCAACUUGUUUCUCAACUUUUCCAAAUGCGCGUUCGUAUGAAGAAUUUAAUGGGUGUAAUGGAAGGUGGAUCACUUCCUGCAUUGAACAAUCUGGAGGAGGCACUCAAAUCUGAACAGAAGGCUCCACCUGGCACUGCAAGGAGAAAAAGAAGGUCAGAAUCAAGGAGGCAAUUUGCAGACUCGUCGGCAAGACCUAGUCCUCGUGGUUUUGGGGCCGGGAACUGA